ACAGAUCUGUUUCUUGACCAAGGAGAGAUGGCAGUGCACCGUGUUUUCGUUCUCCUGUUCGUCUUGGUGGUGCCACAACUUGUUGUGGAAGGCUGCUGGCCUAGCCAGCCCUCCGGACGUCCGAUGAGUCGCUGUGAGAAGGAGCGUGCAGACGGUUCGGCACAUGGAGUCCUCCCGAACAAGGCCUUCGUGAAACAGUGUGAAGCGGACGGGUCCUACAGUACCGUACAGUGCGGGGGAUCCAGGCGGUUCUGCUACUGCGCACACCCCGAGACUGGCGUGAUCUUCACCGAGACCAGGACACGGGGACAGCCGCGGAACUGCGACAACUUUCACAUACUGAGAGAUGCAACUCCAUGUAAGAAGCAAAUGUACGCCGACAACCCUGCGAUGCUGCCCGGAGGUUUCAUCAAAGAGUGCGAGGCGGAUGGAUCUUUCCGGAAGGAGCAGUGCGACCCAGACGGGAUGUGCUACUGCGUCAACACAGAGACCGGGGAGCUGUACGGACAGACCGGCAUGCAGGGGCGCAUCGACUGUGACGAGUACGAGGCUAUGGUGGACGCAGAGACAGGCCCAGUCAGGGCCACCCCUUGUCAGAAACAAAAGUUCUCCCUGAAUCCUACGAUGUUGCCCGGAGGUUUCAUCAAAGAGUGCGAGGCGGAUGGAUCUUUCCGGAAGGAGCAGUGCGACCCAGACAGGAUGUGCUACUGCGUCAACACAGAGACCGGGGAGCUGUACCAACAGACAGGCAUGCGGGGACCACUCAACUGUGAGGAGUAUGAGGCCAUGCACGAAGCUGGUAUAAACUGGUCUCGCGGCUAAUGUGUCUAAUCCAGACCGUUGGAAUGGGUGAACAGCCUAGCUGGAGAAGACACGGCGAUGGCAAAUGUAGGAACCAUGGCUGACUUCAAUUUCGUCAUGUGUAGGGCUUAUUUCAUCGAGAAUGAUUUUUCUGUUUACCGAAGAUGGUUGUUACUUUACUACUUUUAAUCUUUGGUUGUGAUGACAGAAAUAAAAAUCGAUUGAGUAACAACGUAUA